AUGUCGAAUAUCCGGACGAGCUUACCCAUUCCCACACAGCCUUGGGAUGCUGCCAAGGCCAAGUUCCUAGACGGGUUGUCGCCGCAAGAGAUACAGCGAUUCAAAGAUGCGACACUCGAAAACCUGUUUUACGAUGCCAGUUCGGUUCAGAAGAGACAUGCACACGAUAGCAGGGUCUGGCUGCUCCAAGAGCGGCUUUCCUCGCUUACCGACGCCAUUGAGGAUUAUGGAAAGGCUCUCGACGUUUACGCAAACACAUAUGGGCCUGUCAUGAGUCCGCUGUGGGGAAGUCUUAGAGUAGUCUUACACAUCGUGAGCGAAGCUGGUAGGUUCCAGGAAAGCGUAGUGGAAAUGUUGGCACAGAUUGGUGAUGUGCUCCCACGCUUUCGCAUAUACGAGACGCUGUUCAAAAACCACGAACGGCUGCUUGUAGCAUUGUCAACCGCCUUCCUAGACAUACUACAGUUUUGCGUAAUUACGAAGGACUUCUUUGCAAGAGCGAAGAGAUCUAUGAUACCCCUUUCAAUCGUGCUAAAAGGCGCUUGGAAAUCCUAUCGUCGUGACUUCGAAACCUGCAUGAUUGGCUUUCGUACGCAUACCAAGCGAGUUGAGAAGGAAGCCGGUCUGGCACACAUGAUAGAAUCUGCGAGAAGUCGUGAAAUUGAGUUGGCAAAUCGCGCUCUCCACAUCCGAAACGGGAAACUUCAACGGCGACACAGGGUACUGGCCACACUGCCUUCUGUGGACUACUCAACCAAGCACCUGAAGUUGUCUAAUCUUCGACACCCUGGUACCAAUAACUGGCUCUGUACAACACCACAAUACUUGUCCUGGUUUGCCAAAGCGACGUCGGAUUGUUUAUGCUGCUAUGGAAUUCCUGGAUCUGGAAAAUCGGUGCUUUCAGCGAGUCUGGUAGAUCAUAUUCAAGACGUCACGGCAAACGAUACGAAAUCCAUCAUCUGUUACUACUAUUGCGACUACCUGGACAACGCGUCACUAGAGCCUUAUCGUUUGCUCGCUUCGAUAAUCAAACAGAUCCUUGAGCGAUUGCCACUGGAUCAUUUCGACGACACUUUCAAGAGCCCUUUCCAAGAAGGCCAAACUGCGCCGACCCUGUCAAGAAGCUUGGCAUACUUUCUCAAGCUCCUUCAGUAUUUCAGGACAGUUUACCUUGUCAUCGAUGGGAUUGACGAGCUUGCCCCCAAUGACCAAGUUACUGUCUUGGAUUCGAUUGGCAGCAUUCUUCGCCAUCCCUUCGUAAUUGCAAGAGUUUAUGUUGCCAGCCGCUUGGAAGAAGACCUAAUUAGGAGAACCUUGAAACCUUAUCCGACUUUGCGACUGACGAAAGAUUGCGUUCGUGGAGACAUUGCUUUAGUCAUUGACGAGCAGAUCCGGUCCACUGUCACAAGACAGAAUCCAUUGCUGGCAGAUGAAAAUUUGAGACAAGAAGUUGUCAAUGCUCUUGUGUCUCGCGCUGAUGAUAUGUGA